AGGUAUGGACAGACAGGUGGACACUCUCAGGUAUGGACAGGUGGACACUCUCAGGUAUGGACAGACAGGUGGACACUCUCAGGUAUGGACAGACAGAUGGACACUCUCAGGUAUGGACAGGUGGACACUCUCAGGUAUGGACAGACAGGUAGACACUCAGGUAUGGACAGACAGGUGGACACUCUCAGGUAUGGACAGACAGAUGGACACUCUCAGGUAUGGACAGGUGGACACUCUCAGGUAUGGACAGACAGGUAGACACUCUCAGGUAUGGACAGACAGGUGGACACUCUCAGGUAUGGACAGACAGGUGGACACUCUCAGGUAUGGACAGACAGAUGGACACUCUCAGGUAUGGACAGGUGGACACUCUCAGGUAUGGACAGACAGAUGGACACUCUCAGGUAUGGACAGGUGGACACUCUCAGGUAUGGACAGACAGGUGGACACUCUCAGGUAUGGACAGACAGGUGGACACUCUCAGGUAUGGACAGGUGAUCACUCUCAGGUAUGGACAGACAGGUGGACACUCUCAGGUAUGGACAGACAGGUGGACACUCUCAGGUAUGGACAGACAAGUGGACACUCAUAUGGACACUCUGACUAACUGAGGGACUCUGGUUCAUGUUUAAUGGUGGAUAUGAGUGAAGGUGUAUGAAGCUGAUUGUCUCUU